UGACACUAUUUUAUAACCUCAAAAAUUGCUAAUACAAUAUUUGGUGCUAAUUACUGUUGAUUUUUAUGUUAAAUAUCAGUUAUUUAAUUAUUUUUCAAUAAUUUAACUCGAAAAAUUAAUUGCAAUGUCAGCGGCAAAACGCGUCCAGCAAUGGGCGACUUUUGCGCGUACCUGGCAUAUAUUUGACUGCAAAUGGCAAGAUCCGUAUCAAUCUGCCGAAGUGAUAAAGAAGUAUUUGAUGGGGAAGCACAAACCUAUUUACCACCCCAUGAAUGACUGUGGAGAUGUAGUGGUUUGUAUAAACAGUCGGGACAUCGCUCUAAGGGGUGACGACUGGCGUCAGCGCGCUUAUUUCCACCACACUGGGUACCCUGGUGGAGCAUCUUGGACAUUGGCUUGGGAGGUCCACAAUAAGGAUCCUACUAUGAUAAUCAAAAAGGCUGUAUACAGAGCACUAAAAGGUAACUUGCAAAGACGUCACUCGAUGGAAAGGCUUUUGAUCUAUCCAGGGGAAGAUAUUCCUCAAGAUAUAGUUGAAAAUGUCACUAACCAAAUAAGACAGCUUAGAGAAGUUCCGACGAGACUCGAUCACAUACCCAAAGAGGAAGUCGAGAAAUAUCCCAAAGUUAUGGAGUACCCGGAAGAUUAUGUUCUUAAAUAAAUUAUAUUGUUAUUAGUGUAGAUAAGUUUAGUUAAUAAAGUUAUAUGAACAGA